AUGAGGAUGGGGAGGAAGAUGAGGAGGAGGAUGAGGAUGAUGAGGAUGGAGAUGAAGGUGAGGGUGAAGAUGGGGAUGGGGAGGAGGAUGAGGAUGGAGAUGGGGAUGGGGAUGAGGAUGAGGAUGAGGAUGAAGGUGGGGAUGAGGAUGAUGAUGGGGAUGAAGAUGGGGAUUGGGGAUCAGGAUGAUGAUGAGGAUGAGGAUGGGGAGGAAGAUGAGGAUAAAGAUGGGGAUGAGAAUGAAGAUGGGGAUGACGAUGAAGAUGAGGAUGGGGACGAAGAUGAGGAUGAGAAUGAGGAUGAAGAUGAGGAUGAGGAAGAGGCUGUGGACGAAGCCCGAACGAUGGCGGCACGGCGCUGUUUAUUAGGGCCAGCAGCCCCCGCUCACAGGCAGCUCCCGACGCCGACGCUGAUGCUGAUGAUGGUGACGGUGAUGAGGAGGAAGAUGGGGAGGAAGAUGAGGAUGAAGAUGGGGAGGAAGAUGAGGAAGAUGGGGGGCCAGCAGCCCCCGCUCACAGGCAGCUCCCAACGCCGAUGAUGGUGAGGAUGGGGAUGAGGAGGAAGAUGGGGGUAAGGAUGAGGAUGGGGAGGAAGAUGGGUAUGAAGAUGAGGAAGUUGAGGAGGAAAGUGGGGAUGAGGAUGAGGAUGAGGAUGGGGAUGGGGAUGAAGGUGGGGAUGAAGAUGGGGAUGGGGAGGAAGAUAGGGAUGAGGAUGAGGAUGGGAUGAAGAUGAGGAGGAGGAGGAGGAGGAGGAGGAGGAUGGAGAUGGGGAUGAGGAUGAGGAAGAUGAGGAGAAGAUCAGGAUGAGGAUGGGGAUGAAGAUGAGGAAGGUGAGGAGGAAGAUGGGGGCGAGGAUGAGGAUGGGGAUGGGGAGGAAGAUGAGGAAGACGGGGUAAGGAUGAGGAUGGGGAUGAGGAUGAGGAUGGGGAUGAGGAUGGGGAUGAGGAUGAGGAUGGGGAUGGAGAUGGGGAUGAGGAUGAGGAUGGGGAGGAAGAUGAGGAUGAGGAUGAGGAAGAAGAUGGAGAUGAAGCUGAACGAUGGCGGCGCGGCGCUGUUUAUUAGGGCCAG